GCUGUCUGUCAACCGAGAACUACAACCCCACCAGAUGAGCGCAACGUGUUGUUGCCCUCGUCGUCAUCACACGCGCAGUGACGUGUGGCUGAUGUUGCACUCAUCUUUCUGCCAGAUGGCGGGGGUGACCUUGUGUGCUACACCCCACCACUGCGUGCUUUUUGUGUGCGUUGGGGGAAGGUGGUGAUGGUGGUGAUGAUGAUGACAUUGCUGCCUUUGUUUUGCCGUACAUGUGUCGUCUGGCAUCAUCACCCCGUCUUUAUUUUCCCCUACUUCCCCCCCCCCACACACACACACAUCCACUCCCCUGUGCCACGAACAACACGCGCGUGUGACCACGUUUCACCCGCCAUGCCUUCUUCUCCCCUCGCAAAACGAACACCAACCACAAUACCACCACCAACAACAACUACAACCCUGCCAUUUUCAGUUUCCUCCUCUUUCAAUAUGCCUCACCGCACACGCUCACAACAACAUCAUGAGCAGCAGCAACAGCAGCGAAACGAUGAUGAUGAUGAACGCACGAAGCUCACCUCUCACCUGCAACGUUUGCAACUCUACACUCUUGCCUGCAGGCAAGCCAUUGUCAAGCACUGCAUUUCUGGCGCCAUCACGUCACAAGCCACAACAAUGACAACGGCCCUCUCCAACUCGGCCGCCCAAGGCGUCAUCCCCUCCAUCUUCGAUGACACCAAUACACUGGCGGACGUCGUUACUUUUGGAGAUGACGAGUGCAACCUCCUCUCAAGCUGGCUCGAUGCCCCCUUCACCUUUGGCAGCAGCGACCAGUCACUGGCUUCCCCGGGCGCCCCCACAUCUGCCACAACCACGACGCAGGCCCCAAGCACCAGCGUGGGCGCCACCCCCGCAACAACCGCGGCGGGCCUCGCCAUGAACGGCGUGGGCAACGCCGGUAAGGAGCACCAGGGUCCAACCUCAAGCUCAUCCAUCUCCAGCAUCGACCAGGAUGUCGUGCUGCCUUCUCCAACGCAGGACAACUCAAGCAUCUUCCAGUCCCUCCGCUCUCUGGCGCCAGACGUACAGGAGACGGUGUUUGGCGACACGUUUGGUGGCGCUUCUGCUAACGCUCUCGCCCACACGGCGCAGCAGCCGCUGCUUCAGUUUGCACCGCAGGGCAUCCCCCAGCUGCCCGUCACCCAGCAAGCCCCGCUCAUCACCACCACCGCCGCCUCCGCCGCCACCAAGAACCCAUCCACCGCCAAAACGCGCGCACGCACCAACUCCUCAACAAAGCAAGGCCGCUCACCCACGUCACCAAACGCAAAGGGCAAGCUGGAUCCAACUGAGAAGCGCGAACGCAACAAGGCUGCUGCCGAGCGCUACAGGGCGAAAAAGCGAAAAGAGAAUGAGGAAAUGCGUCACCUUGUGCGCAUUCUGAAGGAACAGGUGACCAUGCUGGAGCAGCGCGUCAAUCAACUCGAAAUGGAAAAGGCCGCCAUCAUUGCACAAGUCCAAUUCUCAGGCCUUCCCGGUGCCGCCGACAUUGUCGCACAACACGUUGACAUGUCGCGGGCAGGCACGUCCACGUCAGCUAGUCACACGACACCGAGCAAGCGAGCGCGCAAGGCAAAGGCAAAGCGCACCGCAGCAACUUCAGCUGCAUCGACAGCAACACAACCCUCCGUCAUGCCGCAACAACCACGCCAGCUUCCCGGUGCCCCCACUGCGUCACAGCUGUCAGCGAGUGCAGCCUUCAUGCCACAGCACAUGCUCAUGCACAUGGGCGUGCCCGUGCCGACAGCCCCACUGGACACAAGCGCUGGUGGUGGACAGGAGCCAGCCACCAAGCGGGCGCGCUCGCAGCAGCCGACACAGCAGACUAGUAGCACAACAGCCACGAGCACAACCACCGCAAACCUGAACGCAACGCAACAGCAGCAGGCAGCGGGCACCAUCAUGGCGCUGGCCCAGCGAUUGCAACAGCUGCGCAACAUGCCAGGGACAUCAGCAGCGUCGACGGCAACGUCUACCGCAGCAGCACUCGCCGCACAGCAAGCACUCAUGGCUUCGCCACAAUUUGCUGGGACCAACAUGCUCGCGUACGCACAGCCGCAGCCACAACAACAACAGGCGCAGGCAUUCCUCCACCCCCAACAACAGCAGCAGGCGCAGCAGCAGGUGCAGCCGGGAAGGAGCAAGAAGGCCGCUCAAGGGAAAUGAUGUUGUAGGAGUUCGUUGUUCCGUGCAUUCAUAGCGAUUCAAGACUUGUUGAUGGCAGUGCUUGGUUUGAUGUCGUGUGAUGUGGUGUGAACUGAAGGUGCUUCACGGUGUGAAUUGCUGCUGCUGUGCUGUUCUGAUUUGACAACAUCGAAUUCGAUUAGAAACUACAUCCCGCGAACAGCAUGUGUGGUCCACUCUAUUGUUCCUGGCGCAUGCUGGGUAGUUGAUCUUCUCUUUUCCGUACACUGGUGCCUUCUCUUUCUCCAUUUUGACUCUCUUGAAGCUGUUGUGUACAUGUGUGUACAUGUGUGUGUGUGGCGUGUGUGUAUCGUGCGUGUGUGUGCAUGUGUGUGUGUGGCGUGUGUGUAU